AGUAUAUCUGUGCUAUUCAAAUUUCAUUCUGAAUUCAGGUAAAACAAAAUUCUGAAAAAGUCCUUUAGGGACUAUAAUAAUAAUGAUAAUAGUAAUAGUAAUAAUAAUAAACAUGGCACAGACAAUGGGGACUUAACUCCAUAGAGCUCAACCUGUAAGAAUCAUACAGAGUGCUUCCCAGAAAUACCUGGUGUCUUUAUUCAUCAUUUUCCUUUGCACUCUGGUUAAAGAUUGUCUUUGGGGAUUAACUUGCCCAUACUUCAACAUCUUGGGCAGAAUGCUAAAAGACAAGGUAGGGAGCUCUUGAUGUAGAAUGUCAGCAGUGCCAAGCAAGUCAGAAUUGUCCACUACAGCUGACGCUAAGGUCAGAGGUGAGCUGAAACUGGGCAUUAUGGAGUAGUAAAAUUCACUAAUAUCUAGUUCAGAAGUUUAAGCUCCUGCUUAUUACUGGCUUUUUUUUUUUCUUGAAUAGGGCCUUGGCCACUGAAGUCUUAUUAUGUUACAUUUCUGAAUGUCACAUUUUUUCAUGAUACUUUUCCUUUUAAUCAUGUGAAAUAUUGAUACAAGGGCCAGGAUUAUGAUCCAUGGGUGUAUAUUUUUCUUUUCUUCCUUUACCUUGUUUGGAUUGCUACUUUAGAAGCCUCUUUUAAAAAUGCUAUGGAAGGGGUGCCUGGCUGAUUCAGGUGGUUAAGCAUCUGACUCUUGACUUUGGCUCAAGUCAUGAUCUCACAGUUGGUGAGAUUGAGCCCCACAUCAGCCUGUAUGCUGACAGCCAGAGUCUGCUGGGGAUUCUUCUCUUUCCUCUCUCUCUGCUCCACCCACCAUCCCCACUGCUCACACAUUCUCUCUCCGUCUCAAAAUAAAUAAACAUUAAAAAAAUAAAAAAUAAAGAUGCUAUGGAAAAAAAGCCAGAACUAAUAGCUGCAGUUUAUCUGUUGGCUUUGAAACCAUAUUUGAAACUCCUACUCUAUUAUGAACAAAUUUAUUAUUGACCUCUGUGUUUUGAUUUUGAAUUAUAAAAGCAAAAGUGGUUUUAUUGACUAAACAAAUUCACCUCAUUCUCAGACGGCUAAUCCAGGUAAAUACAAAAUAUUUAUUAAGAAGAAAAAAAUUAAAUUGAUCCAAAGACAAUUCCCCGAUAAAACUUCACGGUAAUUUAGCAAUAUGUAAGUAUGUUGAUAUCAGGAUUAGUUGAGAAACCAUGUCAAGUAGGAUAGUCAGCCUACCAAAUGGAUCAAGCAAAGAAAAAUGUGCUUAAAAACUAUGUAACAGCAAUAUGCAUCCUAAUGCCAACUGGCACCUACCAGGAAGCAUCUGAAAACAAAUAGUCCAACAAGGUGCACUUGUUAUCAUUGUGCUUGUUUGUAAAGAUUGUGAAAACUGAACAUUCAGAAUGCAUGUGUUUUCUUUCUGAUGACAGGUAAACAGGAAUAAACAUUAAUGGGAGAAGGAAACCAAACUUCUGUGGCUGAAUUUAUCUUGCUGGGACUUUCACGGGAUCCAAAGGUCCAGAUCCUACUGUUCUGUGUUUUCCUUACCAUUUACCUUCUCUCUAUGUUUGGAAACCUGCUUAUAAUAAUCCUCAUUCAAAGUGACUCUCGACUUCACACUCCCAUGUACUUUUUCCUCAAAAACUUGUCCUUUGCUGACCUCUGUUUCUCUACAAGCAUUGUUCCUCAGAUGUUGGUCCACUUCCUCGUAAAAAGGAAAACCAUUUCCUUUGCUGGAUGCUCACUGCAGAUAAUUGUCUUCCUUUUAGCAGGGUGUACAGAGUGUGCACUUCUGGCAGUGAUGUCCUAUGACCGCUAUGUGGCUGUCUGCAAGCCCCUGCAUUAUUCCACUGUCAUGAUGCAGAGGGUUUGUGUCCAGUUGGCCAUAGUGUCUUGGAUCAGUGGGGCAUUUGUAUGUUCAGUGGACAGUGCAUUUACACUGUGUCUCCCCUACCAGGGACAGAAUAUAAUUAAUCAUUAUUUUUGUGAACCUCCUGCACUCCUGAAGCUGGCUUCAGCAGACACCUACAAUGCUGAGAUGGCUCUCUUUUCAAUGGGUGUGAUUAUCCUCUUAGCACCUCUCUCCCUCAUCCUUGUCUCCUACUGGCAUAUUAUCUCAACAGUGAUUCAGAUGCAGUCAGAGGAGGGGAGGCUCAAGGUCUUUUCUACCUGUGGCUCUCAUCUCACUGUUGUGGUUCUCUACUAUGGCUCUGGAAUAUUUGCCUGCAUGAGACCCAAUUCCAAGACAAUGAAUGAAAAGGAUCAGGUCAUCUCUGUGUUCUAUUCAGUUAUGACUUCCAUGUUGAAUCCCAUAAUUUAUAGCCUGAGGAACAAGGACGUGAAGGGUGCUCUCAGGAGGCUGGUUGGAAGAUAGUCUGCCUUCAGAGGCAGUGAUUUCUGACAUUUUUCUUAAGCACUUGGAAGAUUAUGGCUGACAACAAUAGCUCUACUACUAUCCUUGUCCUUUCUUUCCCUCGCUUUAUAUGCUCCAGUUGACUUUUCUUCUCCACACAUAUUCAUUAAAUGCCUAUUCCGUGCAAGCAUUGUGUCUAGAACCUCACAAUAUGUAAAACUUCGUGUCUUCCUUAAAAGGUUUCCUUAACUCUGGGACAACAGAGUCAUGUUCUGUCUUAUAGUCUUUUGUUUUCUUAUGGUCUCUUUUUGUAGUUCUUUCCUGAGGGAAAUAUUUUCCUAGCAAAGUAAACUCACCGUUGAAAUGUUGGACCAAGGGAAAAAAUGGAUUAAUCUCCCUGAACAUAUUUCUAGCAUCCUUCACCUAUUAAUGAGCUGGGAAACCCAAGUUGUCAUACAGUCACCUGUGGGCUUGCUGAGGUUCUGUUUCCACAUUUCUGACUAAAUCAACAGUGACUGGUUAAAAAGUCAGCAUUCUUUUCAGACAUAAGGAUGUCUUAUGAGAUAUACCCAUAGAUGCAUUACCUCAAACUGCCUUAUUUCCAGUUAAAGUGGAAUCCUAUAAAAGUGAUUGAAUCCUAUAGAGUUUCUGUAACUUUCAGGCCCUCCUUGGCAAUGAAUUUAACUGUACUGCAUGAUGACCCUUUCUAAAGCAUUCCUUUCUUCUUUCUCUUUUCUCCUUCCUCCAUUUUUUUUGCGGAUGAUUUUGUGCAUAGUGUGUACAGGUAUGAAAGAGUGUGCAAGUAUGUACAGUUGUCUUCAUGUGUAUGUGUGUCUGUUGUCUGUGACAUGUAAGCUUGACUACGUAGAAUUCUCUACCAAUAUUAUUGAAUCGGAUUUCUUCUCACCCCUUUACUAAGCACUAUAUUAUCUUAGGCCAGUCUCACUUGUCCCCUAAUUAUUUUCCAUGCCCUCCUCAGUUUUGUAGCUGUCUGCUACAAUGAGUAGCAGAAUAAGUUUGAGAGUGAUUUCAAAUUUAUCACUUUGUUCUGGAGGGAGUAGAGAAUACAGGUGAAUUCAACCUCAGAAAAUAAAAGUAAAUGUUUCCUGUUUUGAUUAUGAAAGGAAUAAUGUAAGAGUAUUAAAAAACAAAAUCACACAUAAUUCCCCCUCAAGGAAUAAGUCCUGUCAACAUGUCAAUUUUAUCCUUUCAGAAUUCUCUCUUUCUCUCUCUCUCUCUAUCUCUAUCUCUUUCUCAAGAACGCAUGCAGUGUUGGUGAGGUAAUAAAAAUUAAAAUUGCUUCAUGUACGUGAAGAACUUGAAUAAGUCUCAUUGCUUUGAAUGGGGUUUUUUUUCCUGAUACAUUUCACUAACCCCCAGUGAAAAGAAUCUGAAUAAAGAUCCUGCCAACCUUCUUCCUAAUGGAUAUGAAUGUGUAGAAGACUGUUAGCCAGAAGGUUAGAGGACAAUAGCAUAAUAUUUAAACCAAUUAUAGAAAGUUUGGGGUUUGAUAAUAGGGGCAGGAGCUCCAAAAUGUCAUUACAAGAUUUGGUACUGAAAGUGGCUGGUGUGAACAACCUCCAGAAAUAUUUUGGACAGGAAAAAUUAAUCACUGAAUUAAGGUGAGAUUGGCAAAUUGGGGCUGGGUAGAAGGAAAGAAAAGAGAGAAAAGACAAAGUAAAAGACGUAAGUCCAAGAUCUAGGUGUCAGUAGGUUUGGUUUCUCCUGAGUCCUCUCUACUUAGUUUGCAUAUGGCAAGCUUUUCUCUGUGUCCUACAGGGCCUUUCCUCUCUGUACUUGUACCCCAUAUAUCUCUUUGGGUGUGCAAAUUUCCUUUUCUUAUAAGGACGCCCCUCAAAUUAGAUGAGGGCCCACCAUAAUGACAAAGUUUAACCUAAUCACAUCUUUAAAGGCCCUAUCUUCAUUAGCUGGUCACAUAUGACUCCCCCUUAAUAGUUUUUCCUCUGUUGGGAGGUCACUUUUAAGCCUACCAAGUGGUUCUAUUGGCCUGAGUCCCUUUUACAGAGACUUGGCUAAUUCUCUUCCAUAGGAUUCACAUAUGGCCAAGUGGAGUCAUGCUUGUUCCUAUUUCGUUAAAUUCUGGGAGUGUGGAAUGCUGUCUCUUCUCUUCAACCAGGGAGACUAUACAAGUCCAUAAUUGACCUUUAGAUUUUUUAUUUGUGAAGAAGGUACUUGUUCUAACAUUAAUCAAAUUCCAGAUUAGACACAAAAGUACUUUUGAAGCUCUUGUCACUUGAGGUGAGGGGAAGCACCUUAUUUUCUCAUGGAAGGAAGAGUAAAAAUAUCUUCAAAGUAUUCCUCUCCACCAGCUUCCAACUAUCUCUAUUUUAUACCAUAGUAGGGUUUAAGGUUUAUUGCCUAUAAAUCAUCUAUUCAUCACUUCCAUAUAAGUUUUCCCUAAUGUUUGGAAUUUGGAGGUACAUGAAAAAUGCCUCCAUGGAUUUUAGAUAAUAUUUCUGUUCUAUUAAAUUAGUAUACAUGCAAUAAUCUAGCUGAAAUUCUAGGAAAUUCAGUCAGUCAAGUAGUACCAUUUAAAAAUAAUGUACCGUGUUAUAUUUAUUUACUCUCCAUGACACUCAUUAUUCAACCAUUUUUAAAAUCUCUUCAUCAUUUUGUACAUUCUAGUAAAUUUAAGACUAUACCUUUGAGCAAUGUCAUUUAUCUUAAAUAUUAUUGUCUUACAAUAUAGUAGUUAGGUCAAUGCCUUCCACAUAUGCUUGUGACCCUUAUCGUUUCAGGGCAGUUUGACUUCCACUAGCGACUAUAAGCAUCUUUUGCAUCCAGACUUUCUUUGGCCGAUAUGCCAGUUCUGCUCACAUGCCCAGAAGGCCUGUGGCCCAGGGAAUUAAUGUCCCCUGCAGCAACCAGGACUUGGAUGAUUGGUGACAGUUGGUGUCUGAAUACCCCAGAUCCCUCACACCUUAGGUGCGAUAUACAUCUGAGGUACAUGUUCUACUCUUCUUUCUCAGAGUUCUCCAGGAGGAUUAAGAUCCAGUUGCCCACAGUAACUUGCUUGAUGACACAGCCUUUAUUUGUUCUUUUGCUUUUCUGUCCCACUUCCCCAUCCUAUUAGUUUUAAACUAUAAUCACUCCCUAAAUGAACUUUUUUCAUUCAAAUCCUUGCUCAUGGUCAACUUCUGAGGGACCCAGACACACUCAUUGUUUAUAAAUUAUGUUUCCCCUGCUACAAAUUGUUUCAGCUGCAUGCUAUCUGCUCAGUCCUUUGAUGUUAAUUAAAAACUGUAUCCUCUGGGUGUCUGAAUUAAGGAGGUAAAGAAAGAGGGAAAAUAUGGCGGAAAACUCUGACUUGGACUAGCUUCUGUACCAUUAGAUGAUAUUUUUCCAUUUUCUGGUCUGGGAAACCUCUUUAUUUUGGAACUAAACAUAAAUAAAACUUAGCCUAAACUAUUUGGGUAUGUCAAGUUUUAAAUUCCCAAGUUUGAAGCAAAACUGUUAUUUAUUUUUUUAAUUUUUAAAAAUGUUUAUUUAUUUUUGAGAGAGAGAGAGAGACAGAGCAUGAGCAGGGGAGGGGCAGAGAGACAGAGAGACACAGAAUCUGAAGCAGGCUCCAUGCUCUGAGCUGUCAGCAUAGAGCCCGAUGCGGGGCUCAAACUCAUGGACCAUGAAAUCAUGACCAGAGCUGAAGUCAGACACUCAACCGAUUGAACCACCCAGAUGCCCCAAAACUUGUUUUUUAAUAUAUUCUUUGUUAAAAUAUAGAGUUGGUGAACAUUUCUUCUAAAUCUUGUCCUAUAACUUUUCUUAUCUCUAGUUUACUGACCUGAAGUCAGCUUUAAGAUACACUUAUAUCUUCAUGAAUAUUUUAUUUGUUUGUUUAUUUAUUUAUUUACUUUCUUGUUACCAGACCAAAUAUUGAAUUUAACAACAAUUAUAGAGUAAAGGUACUAUAUAGAGAUUGCCAAAUUGGAUUAUAGAUAAUUGUUACUAUAUAGUGUUAUUUAAAAAAAAUUUAAAUAUCUAUUAUUGAGGUAUAUAGCUGACAUACAAUGUUAUAUUAGUUUCAGGUGUACAACAUAGUGAUCCAGCAAUUCUAUAUAUUACUCAGUGCUCACCACAAAAAUAUAGUCACCAUCUGUUACCAUACAAAGUUACUAAAAUAUUAUUGACUAUAUUCCUUAUGCUGUACUUUCCAUCUCCUUGACGUACUUAUUUUACAACUGAAAAUUUGUACCUCUUAAUUCUCUUCACCUAUUUUGCCCAUCCCUCAACUCCCCUCUUCUCUGGCAACUGUCAGUUUGUUCUCUAUAUUUAUGUGUCUGUUUUUUUUUAAGUUUAUUUAUUUUUGAGAAAGGAGGGGAAGGGCAGAGAGAGGGAGAAACAUGAUCCUAAGCAGACUCCACACUGUCAGCACAGAGCCAGAUGUGGUUUCUAUCUCAUGACCCAUGAGACCAUGACCUGAGCUAACACCGAGAGUUGGAUGCUUAACCGACUGAACCACUCAGGUGCCCCAUGAGUCUGGGUUUUGUUUGUUUGUUCAUUUGUUUUGCUUCUUAGAUUCCAUAUACAGGUGAAAUCAUAUUUGUUUUCUGGUAUUUGUUGCUGGUAUUUGUUUCUCUGUCUGAUGUAUUUCACUUAGCACAAUACCCUCUAGGUCCACCCAUGUUGCAAAUGGCAAGAUACCAUUUUUUAUGGCAGAAUAAUCUAUCACUAUAUAGAUAUACAUCACAUAUUUUUUGUAUCCAUUUAUCUGUGGAUGGACACUUGGGUUGCUUCCAUCAUCUGGGCAUUAUUUAUAUAUCUUUUUGAGUUAGUGUUUUCAUUUAUUUGGAUAAAUAUCCCUACUGGAAUUACCAGAUCAUAUGCUAUUUCUAUCUCUAAUUUUUUUGAGAAACCUCUAUACUGUUCUCCACAGUGGUUGCAUCCAUUUACACUCCCACCAAUAGUGUAUGAGGGUUCCCUUUUCUCCACAUCCUCAUCAACACUUGAUACUGCUUGUCAUUUUGAUACUAGCCAUUCUGACUCGUGUGAGGUGAUAUCUUAUUGUGGUUUUGAUUUGCAUUUCUCUGAUAAUUAGGGACAUUCAGCAUCUUUUCAUGUGUCUGUUGGGUACCUGUGUGUAUUCUUUGGAAAAAUCCCAGGCAAAGCUGGAGGUAUCACAAUCCUAGAUUUCAAGAUAUAGUACAAAGUCAUAGUAACAAAACAGUAUGGUUCUGGCACAAAAAUAGACACAUAGAUCAAUAGAAAAGAAUAGAGAGCCAGAAACAAACUCAUAUUAUUCAUCUAUGACAAAUGCGGCAAGAAUAUAUAAUUGAGAAAAGACAGCCUUUUCAUUAAUGGUGCUGGGAAAACUGGAUAGCUACAUGCAAAAGAAUGAGAGUGGACUACAUUCUUUUACCAGCACAGAAAUACACUCAAAAUGGAUUAGAAACCUAAAUAUGAGAUCUGACCAUAAAAGUAAAAGAAACAUAGGCAGUAAUCUCUUGGACAUCAGCUUUAGCAACAUAAGCUACUCUGAUAUGACUCCUCAGACAAGGGAAGCAAAAGCAAAAAUAAACUAUUGGGACUACGCCAAAAUAAAAAGCUUCUGCACAGUGACAGAAACCAUCAACAAAACAAAAAUGAAACCUAGUGAAUGGGAGAAGAUACUUGCGAAUGAUGUAUUCAAUAAGGGGUUAAUAUAAAAAAUAUAUAAAUAGCUUACACAACUCAAUACCAAAAAAAAAAAAAAAGACAAUCUGAUUAAAAAAUGAGCAGAGGGCCUGAAUACACAUUUUUCCCCCAUGGAUAUUUUAGUUGGAAUUUGACAGCAGCUGUGGUAGAAACCUUCAUUUAUUCACUCCUUUAUUAAUUUAGCAAACAUUUAUUGAGUACAUUUAUGCAGUUACCAUGCUAUGAGCUAGAAAUGUGACUGGGAACAAAACAGACUAGUUCCUGCCCUUCUGGAUCAUGCUAGUGUGGUGUGCUACCAGAUUAACACAGAGAUCAGAAGAAAAAAAAAUAUUCCUGCUAGUAUGGAACGAAAAAAUCUUUAGCCUUUUUGCACCAAAAGAAAAGGAAUGUGGGAAUUUGGUGAGUUUAAAACAAACCCAGUAACACAAAAUAGUAUGUAUUACAGGAUUUGGCAAAGAAGAUUUUGGUGAUCUUGAGACAAAGUAGGUCAGUUCAGUCAUGUAGGGCACUUGGCAGGAGGUAAUACAAAUGGGCCGAGGAAUACAAUGCAGAGGUGAAGUGUGCCACAAGGUGUGCCAUGAAGUGAAGUCUGAGCCAUAAAAACACUUACACUUGAUGCCAUAGGAUCUCUUUCCUUUCAGACUACCCAGAAUGGAGAGUAUUAUUGUCAACCUGGGAAUCACCUACUGAAGAUGUUGUAGGCUCCACCAAAUGAAAAGCCUGGAUCCCCACCCAACCCCAUAGAAGAGAGCAAUUAAGGACAGCUCCCUAAAUAAGAAAUAUGCAUUGAACUGUUACCUGUGUGAGAAAUACAAUUUUAUUGGGUUAUGCUACUGUUAUUUCUGGGUUUUCUGGGCAAAUGUUCUCUUCGUGUAUAAUGAAUGAGCAAUUAAAGUAGCAGUAGACCCAAUUAGUAUAAAUGCUUUUUGAAAAAAUAUAUGGCAAAAAAUGGGAGGCAUUUAGAGAGAUAGUCCAAAGGAAAGAAAAUCCAAAUUGUUGUUUGCCUGAACAGGGAGAUCUUGAUCAUAUCUGGAAGCUGAUGAGGUAGCAGGAAGAGCUUAUAAAACAAGAAGAACAUGUAUACAAUGGAGCACACGAGACAGGCAAUGAACAUGAGAAUUCAGAAUCAAGGUAACAAUUACAGAAGAUAUUGUGGGAGUGUCCUAGAGCUGACACAAAACCUACUUUAAGAUCUGGGGCAGAACACUGACCAGGAAAAGGACGCUUCUUCUUGGUGUAUCCAGUCAGAAAUUCAGAAAUGGGCCAUCAGUGCCACCUUAGGGGAAGAUGGAAACCUGGGGCAUCUGAGCUCAUUUAGUGAGAGAAAAGAGCAAGGAUACCAGGCCAGGAAACAUGCCCAAGAGGACUCAUUAACAUCUUGUUUCCUAGACCAGCAUUUCCACGGGAGGCCAUUUCAUCUGAGAAGAUAAGUCCCUGUGAAUGUAGGAAUGGAAUAAAGCAGAGGGGGGAGGGGUCAUGGGAAAGGAGCCAGAACAGCCUCCCCAGAGACAGUGAGGCCAAGCACAGCAGGGUCUCCCUUGGGGAGCUCUUGCAAUAUCUACUUCUUCCAGAUUCCUGCUGCUCUCAUCCUUGCUCCCAGACCCUAGCAGGAGUAAAUGGCAGUCUGAGCAUCUGGACCCAAGAACUCAGCCUGACAACUUCUCCAGAGCUGGAUGGGUUCUUGACCUAGGGAACUGAGUGACAGAAACAGUUUCUUCUAAUUCUCUAUGGGUGUGAGAGCAGGAAAUCCAUCACUGAAGUAAGAGCGCCACAGAAACUACCCAAGGACUGAACUAGCCCUCUGUCUCCACUGCAUCUCCAGAGAAGACCUUUAGAAGAAUAGAAGGACCAGAAGGGGCCCUGACAGCUGUAUUGGUCAGACUCCUCAGAUUCUUAACCCAGCUUAGCAAAACUUCAACCAGUUGGACACUGCUGGAAAAGCCUCACCCUUUCCCCAUUUCUACAGGAAAAUCCUUCACCUUCAAACAACCCACAAGGCAGUUUGCACGUUUGGCCAUCUGGGCUUCUCACUACCUGAGGUAAGGGCUUUGUCUCUCUGUCAGGGAAGUGUGUAGCCUCUAGGAAUGCUGAGUUGAGAAACAGAGCCCCAAACAGACCCUAAGAACUUAAGCUACUCUGUCUUCCAGAUUCUCUAGUGCUUUGGGGCCUGUACUUGAUCCUAAUGCCCUCUAUUCUUGGUUUUCUAAACAUGAAGAAAAAUCAGUGAAAAUGGUGAAGGAUUCUGUGCCACAUCCCAGGCCAGGGUGUCUGCUUCCUGGUGGAAAUACCAGUACCUAUCUUUAGCACUCCUGGGCUUUCUGCCCUCUGCUCAGAGAUUUUUGCCCCUAUCUGGUAAAAAAUGUCUCCAAAGGGCCAUCUAAGAGCAAAUGAUAUGCCCGUCAUAUGCUCUAAUAAUACCUUUUGUGCCAUUAAAAUCCUGUGGACCCAGAAGAGACCCGUAGGGGAACCAGUGAAAUGUCCAAAUAUAGAAGCCACAGUAUAGGGGAAAGAUUUAGAGAAACAUGCUUCUCUUACAAAUUCUUUAACACAUGUUCAGAAUAGGAUUUAUCUGCCUAGUUCCCAUGAUGCAUGACAUCGAUACCUGUCAAUCCCAAGUCCCUGUCUCUUCUGACUUUUCUGGGGUGGGAUACCACAUUCCAAACGUGGCUUUCCAGAACCGGAGUUCAUCCUCCCUAUCCCCACGACCCUUCAAUCCAGUGGAGAUACUCUGGUCCUGCAAGAAGGAGAGUGGGGAUCUGGGUCACGUGCACAAGAGGGAAGAUAGGAUUAAUGAGCCUGAUUACAGCAUACAGCACAUGCUCUUUUGUUGCCGGCACCUUUCACCGUUUCCCCCAAACACAAACACUCUGAUAUUCCUGGGCAGAGCCUCAUCAGUUAUCAGAUUUUUGAGAGUUUUCCCAGGCUCACAUGUUGUCAUAGCCUGUAAAGAAACACCUAUGUCCUUUCAUCCAAAAGGUUGAGCUCUUAAAACCAACACCAUGUCAAACACAUCACCCCUUAGUCUGAGACAGUCUAGAAUUCCUUCUCUCUCAGGCACAUGGAGAGUGUGUAGCUGGCCCAGAGAGGUGACGAAGGUGGACGUACUUUAGCUCUUCCCAUGAUGCUUCCAUCUACAGCCUUGAGUGCUGCAAACAAAUGUGGACAUAGGCUGUAUGGAAAAUGAGUGGAAGUGCUUGGUUGAAAAAAACAUUUCUGUACCUGCUUUAGAGUUUUAUAUUCAGAAUAGGUCUGUUAGAAUACUAACUGGGCAUGUAAAUCAG